AAUUGGGCCUAGCCCAAUCCUCUGUUUCGGUAGUUCUGAGGGAGGUUUUUCCAAUUUUGGAAUCUGAACUUUGCAGCCGUAGGAUCAAAGCAGAUAUGACCGAAGAAGAAAAGCAACAGAUACGAAGCAAAUUCUAUUCAAGGUCCCGAAUGCCCAACGUGAUUGGCUGUGUGGAUGGAACACAUGUUGGAAUUAUUGCUCCUCACAAUGACAAACACCUAUAUUUAAACAGGAAAGGCUUUUUCAGCAUAAAUGCCAUGAUUGCUUGCGAUUAUGACAUGAACAUCCGAUGUGUUGAUGCCAGAUAUGCAGGAUCUACCCACGAUUCUUUUGUGUGGAACAACAGUUCAUUAAAUGCAUUUUUACAAAGUCAGUAUGAAAACGGAGAUCAAAACUCUAUUUAUUUAGGCGAAUCUGAGAUUUUUAUUGACGCCGUUGUACCAUCGGAACCAGUUAGUGAAAAUUCUGGUGGUACACCCGGAGAACGUCGCAGAAGAGAGAUAGCUGCUGCAUUAUUAUAA